UGGUGCUCUAUGUGGCAGUUCUUCUGUUGACCGUGAAUUCCUAAAAUUUCUUGGUCAAAAAUUAGGAUUCGCUGCAAUGGAAAAACUAAAAGAAUAUCACUAUGGACAAAUGCAAUACUUGGUUCAAGAAUUUGUUUCAAGAGUAAAAUUUUCAUUUAACGGAAAUCCUAACGAAUAUACUCCAAAGGAAUUAGAUGUUGAACAUAUAUGCCCUGCAUUGUUGCAGUAUGUUACUGGUCAGGCCAGAGAACAAAUGGAAAUGGAAGAGUGGAUAAUCGAUUUAGACUAUCAAACUGUGAAAGAUAUUUUUGAUCCUGUUGUUAAAAAUAUCACUGAUUUGGUUCAAAGGCAAAUUGAGUCGACUCAAUGCGCAGCUAUGUUUUUAGUAGGCGAGUUUAGCGAAAGUCUUUACUUGCAAACUCAAAUUCGACGAUAUUUUGCGACACGAAUCCCAUUUAUUGCUAUUCCUAAACAGCCCAUUGCAG